ACGCCUCUGAGCUAAUCACAGCACAUUAUUAAAGCAGGAUUUUACAUUCAUCUGUAUCUAACAGUCAAAGUGGUGCAACAGUGAUCCCUGUCUUUGUGUUCUGGGUUCUCAGACUUUUCACAAUGUUUUCAUUUUCCAGGCAGGCGUGGUUCCUGUCACUGAAGUAUUUAUGACUCGGUCUACUUUCUUCCAAACAGAAAGUAAAACCAGAUCCUGGGAGCCCGUCUGCACACAGCUGGAGCUAUGAUCAUCACAUCUCAGCUGAUCUGAGGCAGCUUUCACAGUCUCAACAACUUUUCCUUUUCCUGUUCUAAGAUUUGAAGUCUCAUAAAUACCAUUUCAUUCUCUCAGGCUUCAAUUCUGAUCAGCUGAAAUCAGUUGUGGACUGAACAGCACAGAGAAAUGAAGGAACACUCAAUUAAAAUCCUGAUUGUCGGUGAUUUGUGCGUUGGCAAGACGUCUCUUGUGCAUCGAUACGUCGGCGGGCAGUUCAAUGGGACGAACAAGCCGACAAUUGGAGUGGAUUUUUCUGUGAAGACGCUGCAGUGGUCAGACAACGAGACGGUCAGACUGCAAAUCUGGGACAUUGGAGGCCUGCAGCGUUUCUAUUCCAUGACCAGGGCCUACUACCGAGGGGCUCUGGGCUGCGUUGUGAUGUUUGACGUCACCGACUCGUCCAGCUUCCUCGGGUGUCAAGAGUGGAAACGGGACCUGGACAACAAGGCCACGCUGCCCGGCGGAGCUCCCAUCCCCGGCAUCCUGCUGGCCAACAAGUGUGACCUUCCUGAGCGGGUGGUGACAGCAGACAGCAUCGCCGAGUUCAGCAAGAACAACGGCUUCUUCGCCUGGAUGGAGACCUCAGUCAGAGACAACAGGAACAUCGGAGAAGCCAUGAGGUUCAAUCCUUGUUCCAUCUUUUAUUGUUCAUCGUGGUGAAUCAGUGAUGAGUUACAGAAGAUUGAACUGCUGGUACA